AUCACACCAUCAACCUCCCUCUUUCCGUGCAUGGACCACCCUCCACUGUUCUCCACCAGUGGACUGCAGUUGCUGGUGCCAUAACUCAGAGCGCAGGCCUUCAGACAGAGCAGGACUGAGAGAGAGGACAAGAGAAUGGAGGGCACAAAUCUGCAGCGGACGCACCACUGAGACGGCGCUGGGCCCACCGGGUAAUCUCACCAGCACAAAUCUCUAGCUUGUUUGACAGUAGUUUGGCCGGGAAUCACGGGACCCGACAUGUGGACCCUCUUUAUUCUGUUUGCUCUGUCUCUCUGGAGCAACAGUCAAGCCUUCAUCAAGAACCCCGUGCUCUCCCGGAUACGAAGGGCUCCGGAGGCCGGCGCGGAGAGCAAAAAGUGCUCUUACACCUUCCUGGUCCCCGAGCAAAAGAUCACAGGCCCCAUCUGCGCUAGCCGUGGCCAUUCCACCGACAAGGACAGGGUGACGCGCCUGGAUGUGGCCUCGGUGCGCGACCUCCUGUCCAAGCAACGGCGAGAGAUGGAAACGUUGAAACUGAUGGUGGAUGUGGACGGCAACCUGGUGAAUGAGAUGAAGCUGUUGAGGAAGGAGAGCAGGAACAUGAACUCCAGAGUCACCCAGCUCUACAUGCAGCUGCUGCAUGAGAUCAUCAGGAAGAGGGAUAACUCGCUGGAGCUGGCCCUGCUGGAGACACGCAUCCUUAAUGCCACCACUGAGUCACUGCGCCUGGCCUCACGCUACAGGGAACUGGAGGUGAAAUACGCCGCUCUGUCUGCAGUGGUGAACAACCAGUCGGUGCUGAUCGGAGCGCUGGAGGAGCGCUGCAUGCAGGUGUACAGUCACAGCCAAGAGCAGCCGCCCCUGGGACCUCCACUCGUGCAGGUGGUGCCGGAGAACAUUCCCGUCAGCGUGCCCCGUUUCACCAACGAGAUCCACAGAGUCAACACCCGGGGACUCGCCCGGGAAAGGGGCUCUCGCUCGGGGCCACCGCCCACGAGCAGCACCCUAGAAACUAUGAAAUCUGAGAGAAACUUCAGCACGGAAGGUCCGUUCAGAGACUGCUUCGAGGCCCAGGAGGCCGGCCACAUCACCAGUGGCGUGUACCUGAUCCGCCCAGACGAGAUGGAGAGGUCAAUGCAAGUCUGGUGUGAACAGGAUAUAGACAACGGGGGCUGGACCGUCAUCCAGCGCAGGAGAGACGGAUCCGUCAACUUCUUCAGGAGCUGGGAGAACUACAAGAACGGCUUUGGAAACAUAGACGGGGAAUACUGGCUGGGCCUGGAAGGCAUUUAUAAAUUAGGGAGGCAGGGAGACUACAAGCUGCAAGUGGAGCUGGAGGACUGGAUGGACAAGAAGGUGUACGCGCAGUACAGCAGCUUCCACCUGGAGCCCGAGAGCCAGGGCUACCGGCUCCGGCUGGGCACCUACCGGGGCAACGCCGGGGACUCCUUCAGCAGCAACAACGGCAAGCCCUUCACCACUCUGGACCGGGACAAAGAUGCUUUCACAGGUAACUGUGCCCAUUUCCACAAAGGAGGCUGGUGGUACAACGCUUGUGGCCAGUCCAAUCUCAACGGUGUCUGGUACUCCGGAGGCGUCUACCGCAGCAAAUUCCAAGACGGCAUGUUCUGGGCCGACUACGGAGGAGGCUUCUACUCCAUGAAGUCCGUCCGCCUGAUGAUUAGACCCAUAGACUGAGACUGCCCUCGUAAGCCAGCCUGCUCAAAGGCUAACCAGGCUAAACAGGCCGGGGCAAGUUAAAGACUCAUGUUUUACUUUAUACGUCAACACUGAUUGGUCGAUGGUAGAUCUGCAACCAGGUCCGCAACAAUGGAAGUGACCGCCCGUCAGUUAGAGAGCAUCAAGGCACAAACUCGCCGUCAACGUUGUUCUUUUUAUGUCACAACAAAUGCAUAUAUUCAAGGGACCUUUAAUAAUAUCAAGGUCCUUAAAGGAGACAUACAGUAUUUUGCCCCCUUAUUUCUUUUUCUUUUUUUUUUUUACAAAAGUCGUUAAUGAAAUGUCUGUGACAUACUUUGAUCAAAACAUCAGAGAUGUUGAACAAAAACACCCUUCUCAGCCGUGUUUCAGGGAGUGAAGUCAGCCGCGAGACUUCUUUAACUGUCUCUCUUCAAAUUAGCGUGAAGCUUUGCCCCCACUUAUGAGGAAAAAUGCAGGAAGACGUGAAACUGGGUGGAGGUAAAGAUGGAGAGGCUGGAUGGUUCUACUGUGAUCCGCAGCAUCCUUGGAGAUCUGAACAGCUCACUGGGUGAGAACGCUUCAGACCCGUACACCCCGAAACAAGGCGACUGCGUCGUUGCCGUAGCUGAGGUUUUGAGCUAGUAGUGACUUCAUACACCCGAAUAAAUGACCUUGAGAGCAGAAAAUAGUGACUUGAGUGUCACGAGCGUCACAGGAUCUAAAUGCAGCUUUUCCUACCUCACCAAGAUAUAUGUCUUGUGCAAACACUCAUAUUUGGUAUCUAAUUUGCUAUAAGUGCUGGGUAAUAGCUCAUGUUACUACCUGCACGGAUCUAUCUCUGUAUCCUCUGCAGGACCUCGAGGAGCAGGGAGUUUGUACACUCGAUUGCACAAAAACAGUGGUGUUCUUAUUGUAAAUCCCUACACUUAAAACAACUUUUUUUUUUUUUAAACUACAUGUUACAAUACUUUAAGUGCAGAUGACCACAAGUAUAAUUUAUGAGUAUAAUUAAGUUAUCAUAACAGUGAAAAGGACCAGGUGUCCUGAGGGAACAGUAAAUGAUCCUGCAGGAAAUAAAGUGGGACCAGUUUCCAUCACUGGAAAACAGGACAAUCAUUCUCACACGGUGUUCUCACACGUAUGGAAAUUGCUCGUUCAUGCUUUUUUCAUUUGGAGUUUGAUUAAAGUUCAGUUUGAUUCUGAGAAAAGACGUGCAUCCUUGGGAGGACGAGAGUGGAAUAAUGUUUUCUUUUUUUUUGUUUUUGUGGUUUUCAAGCAUGAAAACUAUGCCAGCCAAGCACAUUGAGAGUUUUAAGCACCAGGACAGACAACGAGAAACACAUUUCUUAAAAAACCAGACAGGAUGGAGAAAGAAAACGAGAGGGGUGAGGAGGAAGGGGUGGAGGGGAUGGACUGGGAUGGAAUCCGUCCAAAUUUCCAAGUCAUUUUUCCACGUUACCCCACACCCCCAAUCUCGCAAUCUUCCCCUUAAGUACAGAGAAAAGCUACAUUCUUUCCACACAGUGGAGGUACUUGAAAUCUAUGCUUUUGGGAAAAACUGCCUUUCGCUGACAAAGUCAUGGGUCUCACUCUGUAAUCACCGCUACGGAUGGAAAUCAUUUUAGGGAAGCCAUCUCGGAGGCACAAACUGGUAGGUUUGCUCCGAACAACAACGCUUCAUCCACAGCAGACUGGAGACAAACAGCCCUUUGUUUCUGGUGUCAAAGUAGCAUAUAUUACGUUUCCUUUCUUUUUUUUUUUUGUGAACCACGAAGACUCUCACACCCAUGUCUUUAAAAAAUUUUGUACCGCAGCAAAACACAAACCGUGGACACUAAUCAAACCCAGCCAGACGUGUAAAAAUACAGCGUCCCAUAAAAACCGUGUAAUUAUCUAGAAAUUAAGCAGAAAUAAAAGCUGAAAACAAUUACAAUGCUGGUAGAACAAUGCUUGACUGCAAACAGACACAGAAAUGACAUCCAGGGUCACCCCAUAACACACUUCAACCAUCCAGCACACUAAAGAUGCUUUAGUCAACGACUAUUAUGACUAAAUAUCGUCGUCGACGAACCUUUAUCACCUGAGGAAAAAACGAGACAAGACGCAACGAAAAUGCUGGUCAUGUGACGAUAAUGAUAAUUAAAUAAAUAAAAAUAAAUGCAAUAUCGUAGAGGAAGAAAAACGAAACAAAAAUGUAGAUUACAAAAUAAAAACUCUAAAACGCUAAAAUGUGUCUUCAUUUACGUUGACCAAAACGAGACAAGACUAAAUGUUAUAACAAAGAUCCUUAAUGUACAAGUUGUUUCUUCUCGUUUAGUCUUUAAACCAGUUUAGUCUUUAGAUCUUUGGAUACACUUUCCUACAUAGACGUGGAAAAGAAAACCCAAUGUGUCGUCGAAAAAGAAAAAGAUGGGGAGAAAUGCGGAAAAAUAAAUAUUUUGUAAACUCAAAUUAAAGUCUUCUGUAUCUGGAAUGAAUGUAUUCUUGAGUCUAUAAGGUAACAAUAAUAUAAUAAUAAUAAUAAGAUAACCUUGUUUAAAUUGUAAAAUGGGUUUGGCUAAAUACAAUCUUUGACUAAAACUAGACUAAAAUGAUCCUGGACAAUUCUGACUAAAACAAGACUAAAACGCUCAGACUUUUAGUCGACUGUAACUUGACACGACUAAAAGGAGAAUGAACGUGACUAAAACUAAUAAAAACUAAUAUGAUAGCUUGACCCAAAGACUAGACUAAAACUAAAAUUGACUGUCAAAAUAAUAAAGCAUGGCUUGCUUCUCUUAUCUUGUUGACCACUCAACGUGACCUAAACUAAAAGCCUGAAUCCUCCAUUUACACACAUUUAUAGACUACAGUUUAGCCAAGACUAGUUUAACAACUGGCUCAAAGGCACUACAACAUGUGCCCUGCAGUGGCUGGUGAGUGAACCAGCAACCUUCCACCUCCUACCAACCAGCACGUUAAAAAGCACUCCCUCUUUAGUCAGACUUUUUGUAAAUAUGUUUUUUUUUUUUUACAUUUAUCCCACAGAGAUGAAAAGUACAGAACAUAUUACUUGUCUCUAUAAAAUGUCUCAUUUUUAGUCUCAUUACAAAAUCUCAUUACACUUAAAACAAGACUCAUCGCUGGAAAAAACAACAAUUUUCAACUGUUUCAAGUACCGUAGAUUUUCACUUAAAAUAAGCAGAAAAAUCUGCCAGUGGAACAAGAUUGUUUUGCUUGUAAUAAGAAGAUAAAUCUUGUCCCACUGGCAGAUUUUUCUACUUAUUUCAAGUGAAAAUUUACUUUAAAUCUCAUUACACUU